CUUCCUGCUUCACGUUGGUUUCUCGUGACAAAAUCCUAUGACAUUUUGGAUUGUGGAUACAAACACUAGCAGGUGUGCAAUCAUGGCAAGCAACAAAUUCCAAAUCGUGGUACAGGGAGAAGCAUCAGAAACCGAUUCGGAUGAUGAAGUGUACAUCACCUCUGCCCCUCCUGUCCACGCAUCAUCAUCAGGUAUGAAGGUGGCAGGAGAAGCGUCCGAGACUGACAGCGAGGAUGAGGAGGAGAGAGUGCGCAGACUGGCCUUUGAAAGCCAACAGCAGAUGCUCCGCAAAGAUCUCCCUCCUCUCAUCGUGAUCAGAAACACACCUGCGACAGUGUGCGGACAGGAGGACAGAUCGUCGCCUGUGUCCAGACCUGACUCGGGUCGCUUUAACUCAUUACUUCAGCAGAAACUGCUGGAGAGCAAUGCACGACUGUGCACUGACAUCAACCAAAGCCUGAAACAGGUGUAUCAGAACGCGGCCAGGGACAUAAGACAGGCCACCAUUCAUCUCAACAACUCUCAGACAGGCAUCAUCAACGCGUCCCACAGCAUUAGACUCAUUCUAGAGGACCUGAAGUCCGUGUCUGAGAAGAUUGACAUCAUCACGAGCUGUCAUCUGCUGCCGGACAUCACCAUGCCAAACCCUGUAUCUGGACAAUCGUAAUCGAAUGCUUGAGAGUAAGUUGAGACAGCUUUAAAUGACAUAUAUGGGCUUGUUGAAGGUCCAAUAAAAGCCACAAAUUGGAUACAUUUUAAUGAUUUUACUGGAUGCUACAAUGAAGUGGGGAAUCUGUCAGUAGCCCUAUAGUCAUUGACCAACAUGGCCAUGAUUAUUAGUGAUCAGUAAUAAUAUAGAAAUUAGUUUAAUAUGUAAGAAUAUAUAUAUAUAUAUAUAUAAGUUUAAAAAGGUUAUCUUGUCUGUUGUUGUGUAAAGUUUUUUUUUUUUUUUUGCAUAUAGAUUAAAAUAUACAUCUGAUUUAGGGAAUGUAACUAGUCACCAUUUCUUUCUAUUUAUCUUUUAGUUCAUGUAAAUAAUAUAGUUUAAAUAAAAUAAAAAAUAAUUAUUAUUGAAAUAAUAAAUAUUGCUUUAAAGCAAUGUUUAAAGGAAAGCAUAUAUUUAGGGGUUGUGACUAGUCACCAUUUCUAUACAUUUUUAUUUUACCUUUUGGCUUUUUUCCAGUUCACUUACAAUUUCCUGCAGUUAAUUUAAUAAAUAAUAAUUUAGUUAUACUAA